AUGAGCUUCUCAUCCUCCAGACCCAGCCUACAUUCAUCUUCGCGUGAUCCGACUCAUCUCAGAGGUGGGCGUUCACAUCAUCAUCAGGAGAAGGAUUUGAAGAACAUCGACGAGCAGGUCCAGGGCUUCCUCGACUUUGUCAACGCCAGCCCGUCUGCCUUCCACGCCGUCCAGUCGGCCAAGGAGCGCCUCCUCGCUCAGGGCUUCGUGCAGAUCAAGGAAACCGAAGAGUGGAAGCUCAAGGCCGGCGAGAAGUACUUCUUCACCCGGAACCACUCCUCCAUCUUUGCCUUCGUCGUCGGUGGCAAAUACGAGGCCGGCAAUGGCAUCAACAUCUCCGCCGCGCACACGGACAGCCCCAACUUGAAGUCGUGCUGUGCCACGAUGCGCACGUGCCCAAAGGCCUUCGGCUGA